GGGGUCGGUUCUGGCUGGGAAAGGCUGCAGGGGAGGGGACAGCCAAGCACUGAAGCGCUCCCGACUUCACCGUGUAGAGAGCUGGGUUCAGAACCAUGUCCGAGCCGGAGCAGGGCCAGGAGCCGGGGCUGGGCACAGAGGCCAGGCCACGACAGCCAGCCCCGCCGGCCCGGCGCCCUGAUGAGGAGCUGGCAGAGCCCACCCAGGGCCAGGCAACGCGCCUCUGUGUGGUGGUCAGGGUGCGGCCGCUGAGCUGCGCAGAGCGCAGCAGAGGGGACCGGCAGGCGGUGCACUGCCCUGGCGACAACACCAUCGCGGUGAGUGCCUCCCCCCGCAGCGCAGCGCCUGCAGGCAGAGCUGUCCCUGAGCCCAGGCCUCUCUCCUGCUGCCAGGUGCAUGAGGCAGGGCAGGAGGCUGCAUUUGGAUUCGGUGCGGUGUUCGACGCCGGUGCAGACCAGGCCGAGGUGUUUGAGGGCAGCGGCGUGAAGCGGCUCGUCGAGCUGGCGGUGGAUGGGUUCUCCUGCACCGUCUUUGCCUUUGGACAGACAGGCUCGGGGAAGACCUACACACUGACAGGGCCCCCGGCUCAGGGUGAGGGCCAGGUGGCGCCCAGCUUUCGGGGUCUGAUGCAGCGCUCCUUCGCCUGGCUCCUGGAGCAGAGCCAGUGCCGCAGGCCUGAUGUUGCCCUCAGUGCGUCCUACGUGGAGAUCUACAAUGAGCAGGUGAGGGACCUGCUGAGCCCAGGACCCCGCUGCCCUCUGCCCCUGCGCUGGAGCAAAGCACGGGGCUUCUACAUCGAGGGACUGCUCAGCACGGAGAUCGAGGGCCUGGAGACCAUCAUGGACCUGCUGCAGGAAGGCGCACAGCGGCGGCAGAGCUCCGCACACACGCUGAACGGGCACUCGAGCCGCAGCCACGCACUGCUGACCGUGCAGCUGCAUGCCCGCGGGGAGGCGACAGGCCCAGGGACCAGCUCCUGCCUCGGCCGGUGGGGCACGCUGCGCUUCGUGGACCUGGCCGGCAGCGAGAGGGUGAAGGACACCGGCUCAGUGGGGCAGCUGGCCCGGGAAGCCAACAGCAUCAACCGCAGCCUCCUGGCCCUGGGGCACUGCAUCGCACGGCUGGCGGAGGGCCAGAGGCGCCGUGCCCACAUCCCCUACCGCGACAGCAAGCUCACCCAGCUGCUGGCCGCUGCCCUGGGCGGUGCCGGGGUCACGCUUAUGGUCGCCUGCGUCUCCCCGUCCUCACGGUGCCUGCCAGAGACGCUGAGCACGCUGCGCUACGCCAGCAGGGCCCGCAGGGUCACCAGCCGGCCGGUGGCAACACGGGUCUCCCGGGAGAGGCGACUGCGGAGCUUGGAGCAGGAGAUCCAGGCCCUGAGGGAAGAAAACCUCACCCUGCGCCAGCAGCUGCAGAUGCCCAGGACACCGGGCAGGCCCCCCGGCACCCUCACCACUCCCCUGAACGGGCCCGCCGGCACAGGCAGCACUCCCAGGCCAAGCGGGGUCCCACAGGGGCCACCUGGCAUGGGCUGGCACAGCCUCCUGCAAGACCUCCUGGUGGGGAACGAGGAGCUCAGGCACUUCGCACUGCUCCGCGGCCGCCACUGCUGUGUCCUGGCCCCACGCUCCCAGGAGGAUGCCCACGUCUCAUGCCCCGGCCUUGUGCCCUGUACCCUGCCCAGCCAUCCCCCAGCACUGGGCAGGGCCCUGCCGGAGCUCCCUGGUGCAGCCCCUUCCCCACCCUGGAGCAGGCAGGGCGGCACGGCAGACUCAGCGCCCAGCUUCUCCUUGCAGCCGCUGGUGGAGCUGCCGGUGCUGGAGGGGCUCACUGCUGCGAGCGGGGCCCAGGGCCGGCAGCCCAGCCCCUGGAAGAACCGCGCUUCGCCCUGGCCCCGGCAGCACCCCACGGACCCCCAGCCACGCUGGCGGAGGAGGAGCCCAGGCAGAGGCAGGAGCUCUGCCAACCAGCGCCCACCGAAGCAGCCUCAGGGCACCACACUUCCACCCCCGCCGCAGGGGCAGGUUGUGCCCUCAGCGCCCCCCUGGCCCGAGGAGCCAGGGCAGGAAGCAGAUGCUGUCCCAGCGCUGGAAGAGGCACUGGCCUUGCUGCCAGAGUGGACCCAAUACUGCAGCCUGCCGGGCCCCAGCUCUGCUGGCCAGGAAGCCAGCCAGAGGCCUUGAGCACUGGCUGGACGUGAUGACUGGGUCCGUGCAGCCGGCGCCCGACGCUGCACACAGACUCCUGCUCCCUCUGCAGAGCGCCUGCGUCCAGGCUGGCGCAUCGUCACACUGUGGACUGAGGGUCACGGGCCCUGCUGGU